AAUAAAGGGCAGCACGGGAAAAUGAGGUGUGCCUGUAUUUUGGUCAGCAGUGAACAUCAGUGUAUGCAAUACACUGUGGGAAUCACUGAUUUAAGCAAAUGGCUUCAGUUUUAAUUUUGUUACUCCUACUGUGAUAGCUAUAACUCUAGGUUUUUUGUUAUUCUCGUAUACCCUAUUUUCCCAUUAAGCAUUUUUAUUUUUAGGAAGCCACAUCGUUACAGGAUAUCAGUUUUCUUUUAAGCAUAUGAUUUUAAAUGGUUUGUUUCAGUGUUGUGUGUAACUUUACUGCAUCCUAGAUUAGUAGCAACAUUUCUGUUGACCAACUCCAAUUUUAUUAUAGAAGUCAACUGAAAAAACAGAACGUAACAGCUAACAUUGUUAGAAUGUGUAAUCUAUUAAAAGAGGAAUGAACAGAAUUUUAAAACUUCAGUGAAAUGAACAGUGCAGCUUAUUUCAUUCUUUUGGAAUCAAUUUUAAGGGCAUGAACAUUCAGUAACUGGAUUCUUCUACUUCUUCCUAAAAUUCCUCACGACAAGUUUGUUGGGUUUAAAAAAAAAAAAUCAUGUUUUGGUCUCUGAUUUGCUGAGGAUCUUGCUGUGUGUCUGCUGAAGCAAACAUGUAUCUGAUUGUGAGCGAGAGAAUCACUAGAGAGUGGUUAGCAGGUUGAGGAUGUCAAUAAAGUGCUCUUCUGCAACCGUGCAUUCUUUCCUCCUAUCUGCAGUGCUCCAGCUGUGCCAAUUCAUGCUCGCUUUCUCCAUUCAGUUCCGAUUCUUUGUCUGGAGUCACCUGUCACUUUCCAGUCAUACAAAGCCCGUGUCCUUUUUCACUCAUACCAACACAUCAGAUGAUGAGUUGCCUUCUUUCUAAGUCAGCCAGUGUCUUCAGGUGCCUAUGUUUGGAGUUGGUUGUUGAACACCUUGAUGAAAACAAAUACCUGAUAUUCAAAGAAAGGUUAUUAGUGUGGAUGAAAGGUAGAAACUAGAAAUGUGAGCCAAGCCUUUUAAAAGAAUAUAAAGAGAGAAAACAAGGCAAAUUCAGAUGACACGCAAACCACAAAGUGUUCCCAUUAAACCACGCUAGCUUUCUAGGGUAGACGGAAACUAACAACGUCGCGUGAGGUGCCAUGUUAAAUGUAAACGAAGACAAACGUUCUUAGAGGGAAUCCAAAAUUUCUACUGUGACUGAGGUGUCAAGGCAAUAAUGCCCACGGAGCUCUUUUUGUCCUUGUGGUACCGCACCUACAGUUUGGAUAUUGUGACUUGUGCCUAGCUACCUAAUCUUCCAUGAGAACCCAUCAUUUCUAUCAAGUAUGUAUUUUUGUAAGAAUCACUAUUUAAGAAAUAUCACAGUUACUCCUUAGAUGUGAUUUAAAGAACCCUGUGUCUAUAAUCUGGUGCCUUCUUGGUAACAGUUAUUGACAGUCAGUAUAAUUUACCCUAAAUUUUCUUCUUUCAAAUUUAAGUUUUGAAAAUAACCUCGAUCUCAACUUGAAUUUUCUCUUAAAAGCCAGUAGCCAAACACAUGUGGAAUUCCCAGGGCUAGCAGCUCUUGAGGCUUCAGAACAAAUUGAUGUGCAUUUGCUCUUCUGUCUGGUAGGUAAAGAGUAAGGCCCAUUCAUGGCCGUAUCAGUGCUCUUUCCUUCCAGGAGCUCACUGGUGACAGCUUUACUCUGAAUCUGCUUUUCUUCCCCUCAGUCUUGGAGGUGGAACAUUCCUAGGCCUAUGUUGCUUGCUGACUGGUUGUGAGACCUUUGAAGAAGCUCUGGAAAUGGCAGCUAAAGGCGACAGCACCAAUGUUGAUAAGCUGGUGAAGGACAUUUACGGAGGAGACUAUGAACGAUUUGGCCUUCAAGGAUCUGCGGUAGCAUCAAGCUUUGGCAACAUGAUGAGUAAGGAAAAGCGAGAUUCCAUCAGCAAGGAAGACCUCGCCCGAGCCACCCUGGUCACCAUCACCAACAACAUUGGCUCCAUUGCUCGGAUGUGUGCAUUGAAUGAGAAUAUUGACAGAGUUGUGUUUGUUGGGAAUUUUCUCAGAAUCAAUAUGGUCUCCAUGAAGCUGCUAGCAUAUGCCAUGGAUUUUUGGUCCAAAGGACAGCUAAAAGCUCUGUUUUUGGAACAUGAGGGUUAUUUUGGAGCUGUUGGGGCACUGCUGGAACUGUUCAAAAUGACUGAUGAGCAGUAGAGAUGGGCCACAGAUGGACCAGCCUGCUGUGAGAACAGCGAUUCAAGCUCUGCGGCUGGAGAGGGUGAAGCCACUGUGGGAUGGAAGCCAAGCCAUUAUGGCAGAUGAACCUGCUGGAUUUGUAAAUAAUUAAAAUCCUUCUAGCUGAUCUUUUACUCUUGGGUUUUGAGCUUAUGAUUCAAAAUGGGGAAUACAAGAGUUUUUUCUGUAUACUGUAUUUUUUAAAAAAAUAUUUGUGCAGCGUGGCCAAACCUACCAAUUUUAUGCAUUGACUUUGAAAAAAUUGUAUGAUGUUUAAGAAGGACCUGAAAUGUAAGUGCUGUUUAUUUUUCUUCUGGGGUUUACUGAUCAGUGUGGUAAUUUUAACUUCAUUUAGUAAUUACUCUAGGAGAUUUUACCUUGACUUAUAUUUUUCAUGACGUUUCAUGAUUUGCUGUUGGUUUCAAAUGAAACUACAAAUCUGUCAUGUUUUACUGUGAACACUAUUUUGUUUGUUUACCUUUUGGGGUCUUGUUUUUUCUGUUUGAAUGUCUUAGGGAAAAAGAGAGUCCUUCCCCCUGUUUCUGUCCUCGGAUGACUCCCCGUCCCCCCUCCAAUACCGUUCUUUAAUGUAAUUGUUCACAUCACUCAAGGUGCUGACCAACUCAAUACAAAGUUAAGCACGAGAUCUAAAGCUCUCAAAAGUGCCCUUGAAGAGAAAACUCUGAAAGAGUGUUCAUGAAUUUAGUGAAUCUGGCAAAAGUUGAAAAUUAUAUGCAAUUUUGUCAUAUCCCUUAUGAACAUACAGUUAGAUUUAUUUUAUGUUAGGUUAUGUUAAAUUGAAAUGUUCUCUGAUGAAGUGUCCUCAUCCAUGCACAGCGUAUGAAUGGCAACAAAUCCUUGUGCAAGAUGUUGGGAUUUACAGGGGAAAGUCUCCCGGUAGAUUAACUGUUCACAUUGGGAUGUUUAGGAGGUCAUGGGUUGAGAUGUCAUGUGGUAAUAUCUGUGUUUUGUACAUGUAUGUAGCUAGGAGCUUUGUAACAAGGCAUCUUAAAUAAUAAUAAAGUUGUAUUUUAUUUGAAAUAUUUUAAACUGGAUUUCAAUCCCACUUUCUAAAAUUAAAAAAAUAUGAUACUGAUCUAUAAAUAUUUUUUCUGUUUGAAAGAUAUCAUUGGGACUGAUGGGUAACUUUCAAAUGCGAGUCUUGUACAAAUACUGAAACACAUGAGAUCGAAUGAUUUAGAACUAAUUCAUCUUUUGAAUUGAGCAUAUUGCUGAAAGGGAUUUUUGAAGGGCAGUACAAUUGCUCCAUGAUGAAACUUUCCUUCUCUGCCUUCUGGGCACUAUCUUUAAUUUCCAUGUCUUCAGGUCUUGAAGAAGUUGAUGUUAAUGGAAGUAUUCACUUGUCUGGU